ACGAGGGCGGUUGUCCGCCAUGGAGGGGUCCGCGGUGCGUCGCACGCAGGAGCUGCUGGGCCGAGUCAUCCGGAGGCCGCAGCUGCACGACCGCCUCCUCAGCAGGCCGCCCUUUCGCUACCUGCACGACAUUAUCAGCGAGGUAAUCAGAUCAACUGGUUUCAUGAAAGGACUGUAUACAGAUGCAGAGAUGAAAUCUGACAAUGUUAAGGACAAAGAUGCAAAAAUCGCCUACCUUCAGAAAGCCAUAGAUGUUGUUAUCAUGGUAACAGGAGAGUCCCUGGCAGUGAAACCUGCACGUAUCGUCGCGGGGCAUGAGCCUGAAAAAACCAAUGAACUGCUGCAAGCAAUUGCUAAGUGCUGCCUCAAUAAGCUCUCCAGUGACGAUGCUGUUCAAAAAGUUCUUGCUGGAGAUAAAGUUGAUGUCAAAGGAAAGCCGUCCUCUUCUAAAUCCCAAAACAAAGAAAGCAAGGAAUCUAAGACAGAAGAACACAGAUCACAUAAAGAGGGAAGAGAUAAAGGCGUAAGUCAAGACCAAAAAUCCAAAGAAGAGUUGAAAGAAUCAGAAAACAAACGAAAAGAAAAAGAAAAUGACAAAUCUAAAGAUUAUGAGAACAGGCAGAAAAAUCUUGAAAAAGACACUUCUAAAGAGGGUGAAAAACAUGAAAGGGACAGAAACAAGAGCAGAACAACCAAACAUGGGAGAGAGGCAGAGAAAUACAGAGACAAAGAAAAAGGAGAGCAAGAAAAAGAUCCAGAACACAUUAAAGGGAGGGACAAAGAAAAGAAACAUGAGGGAGGAAGAGAACGAGACAGAUUAAGAGAAAAGGACAAAGAGAGAGGUAAAGACAGGGAGAAAGAACAUGAGAAGGACAGAGAAAGGGGAAAGGAUAGGGAAAGAGAGAAACGAAGGGAGCGAAGCAAAGAUGUGGAGCCAGCACAAGAACAUGGAAAGGACAAAGGAGAAAGAAAGUCCAUAGGAUCCGAAGAAAGUGUAACUAGAAAAACAGGAGAAAAGUCGACCAAAGAUACAACUGAGCCAGAUAAAGAAAAUGAAAAUGCAGCAAGAUUACCAAAGCAACAUUCAACAAAGGGAUCGCGACAGCGAGUCAAGCCUGGCAGUGAAGGACGAAAGGAAUGUAAUAAAAGUAUGUCUAGUGGUGCAUUUGAAAGAACAUCUAGCUUAUUAAAAGAGAACGUUGAGCCAGUUUUUGGAGUGCAAGAGCCAGAAUCUGAGAGAAUUGCAGUACACCCUUCUAAGCCCACUGAAAUCAACACUUCGGAGUGCACUGUUGGUGAAUCAACCAGCGAUGCAGAAGGCGAUGCUGUGAACGCUGCUGCUCCUGAGAAAAUAACGCCUGCAGAGGAUAGCAAAAUAAAUAAUGAACCUCCUCCUCAUGUCACCGUGAGAAGAUUACCACGACCCAGCAGUGCAAGGCCAGCUCCACCUCGGAUAAAACGUCAAGAAAGCGCAGAGGUUUUACAGCCAGAGAGGAAUGGCAGUGCCAGAAUAGUCUCAAAUGUCAUUAUAGAUAAAGAGGAGAAAGAAGAAGAGGAUGAGCAGUUUGUAGUGGAAGCAGCAUCAGAGGGGCCUGAAAUGGCAGAAAUGGCAACGGAGGCAACGGUAGAGUUGGAAGGGGAUGAGAAACAUGGUGGGCUUGUCAAAAAAAUACUGGAAACCAAGAAAGAUUAUGAGAUGUCACAGGUUCCAAAAUCUGCUGAGAAGGAGAAGCCACUUUUGUACGAAUCAGGAAAACAGAAAGAAAAGGAUCUAGUAUCAAAAGAAGUAGAGAGAUUUCGUGGAUCCGUUCAGGCGCUUUGUCGGAGUGCGCUGCCUCUUGGAAAACUCAUGGAUUAUAUUCAGGAAGAUAUGGAUGCCAUUAAGAAUGAGUACCAUAUGUGGAAGAAUGAAAACAAGCAGCUUGCAGAAGCCCUGCACAAGGAACAGAGCAUCACAGACAGUUCUGUGGAACCGCUAAAGGCAAAACUUGCAGAAUUGGACCAGCUGAUCAAAGAAGAACAAGAUAAAAUUUGUGCUAAAAGGGCCACUGUUUUGAUGAACGAUGAAAAAAUUCAGAAGAUGAUUCUUAAUAUCAACUCAAGAAAGUGAAUGUUGUCAGAAAAAGAGGCUGGAGCUCUUCCCCCCGCCCCCCAGUUGAAUAUAAAUGGAAAAGGAACAAAAGCACAUUGUAUGCAAAUAAAGCUAUGGCAUACGAUACCAUAUACAAUUUCAGGUUCAUAUAUUCAUGUUGCUGGUACUAUGUGGAUGAAAUUGGUAGAUGAAAUUCAGUGUUUGCAGCUAUUUAAAAAAAGAUGAAUGCAAAGCAUCAAGUUUAACCUUAGUAUAGUAGCUUUUUCUGCUGCUAUUUGCAGAGGUCAUGUUCCUGGAUAUCUUUUGAUCAGACUUCCACCUUUUGAGACGUUUUAAGCAAACAAGCUAUUCUGUUACUUUAUUUAUCUGAUUUUGGAAGGGUCGCAGUUGAAGUGGCCUGAAACACUUCCUUAUGUUGGCAAAUCCAUUCUCUUUUAAGUCUGCUUCUUGAAGUCUUAUAUAACUAACCAUCGUAGAUUUCAGUACAAGCCGUGUCAAAUGCAAGCCAAACAUCAGCACAGAGAAGGAGAAAAGAUGUUUAUCAACACAUGAAUUCCAUUUGAUUUACUUAGAAAGAACUAGUUUAAUCAUCUUUCCCCACUUAAAUUUAGUCAUGUAUGUUUUUAUAUUAAAUCAUUAUACGAGAAUCGUUAAUCAGCUUGUGGCAGGGGGGAUGCUUGAGUGUACCAGUCUUUUCCACAUAUGUCCCCAAUGCACUUUUGAAGAGGUUGUGUUAUGCUUAUUAAUAUAGAAUUGUCUGCUAUGUGACGCAGACGUUGCAAACUGUGUAUAAUUGGAAGUAUGUUAAUACUUCUGAAGUUAUACCAUUAUUUCAGUCAAUGAGAUGGGCAUUUCGAACUUUUUUCAGUGGAUAAGAUUUCCCAGACAUCACUGUCUUUCUGCUUGCAAACCUACCAUCUGUUUUUCUGCUGGUUUAAAGGUGAUUUACUACGUGCUAUACAAGAGAAAUGUAUACUACAUUUUGGACAGCUUUUGGAGGAGGGUGAAAUCUAGGGUGGGGUGGGAAUCUUGUAAUAUUGCAGGUAGGGACAUAAACAUAUGAGCUUAGAAGUAGUGGGAUUUUCUUUGAAGGACAGCAGAGCGCUUAGGGAUAGUUAGUUGCCUGAGCCAUUUAUUGAGCAACACAUACUGUUCGCUUCUGUGUGUGCCGACUGGUAGAUUCUUGGUUCUUGCUUUUGACUAAUAGGAGCCCAUUGACUGCAAAGAUGCCACCUUAAAUUCCUGCCAUGAGAAGCACUUCAGAAGUUUGCCACGUGUCAAGUCUCUAAUCUGCCCAUUUUGACUAAAAUACAAAUUGGCGAUCCUAGAAAAGAGUAUUAGAAGGGAACUUGGGGAAACUGCUGUGCGGCAUCAGCAUGGGUGGUAGGCUACUGCUGCAGUCUCUCUGCAAAACACUUGGUCUGUAUAGUGGCCUCUGCAUUGGGACAAUCACACACUUGCAAAUUAAUUCAGUAUCUGAAAUAUCUUGUAAUGCUUCUGAACGAAUCUGUAUAUGUGGUGAGUGCUGGUUGUGUUAGAAGAAACAAACAUGUACUUGGAGAGUCGGAAAAUGUACAGCGUAAAAUGUAAUUUGUAUUAUACAUAUGUUAUUUUUAUAUAAAAUAAAUUAAUAUUAUAAAUAAAAUAAUAUUA